AUGUCGAUCAGCACCUAUAUUCUCCAGGGCAUAAGCUCCUUCGUGGUAGUGACGCUCUCCCUCUUCGUGCUGGGCCAAAAGGUCCCCCGCGCAGCCUUCGCCGCGCGCUGUCUAGCAGCCUACGGCUCCCUCCUCCUCUGCGCAACAUACGGUGUCCUCGCUUCGAUAAUCCUCCGCCUAAUUGGCUACGGCCGCAUCUCGCAAUAUGCCACAGCCCGCAGUUUCAAAUGGGUCAUGCGUCUAACGACCGGCGUAACAUUUGACAUCAUCGAGGGACAAGAACACCUAACAACCCGUCCGGCCGUCUUCAUCGGAAACCACCAAACAGAACUAGAUGUCCUGAUGCUGGGCGCUAUCUUCCCUCCGUACUGCAGCGUGACGGCAAAGAAGUCGCUGCGCAACAUCCCCUUUUUGGGCUGGUUCAUGGCCCUGUCCCGCACUGUCUUUAUUGAUCGCGGUAAUCGGGAGACUGCUAUGAAGGCUUUUGACGGGGCGGUUGAUGAGAUGCGUGUUCACCGGCAGAGUGUUUUUAUUUUUCCCGAGGGCACGAGAUCGUACUCGGAUGAGCCGACCCUAUUACCGUUUAAGAAGGGCGCCUUCCAUCUCGCCGUUAAAGCGGGGGUGCCUAUUGUCCCCGUUGUUACGGAGAAUUACUCACAUGUGAUGUCCCCGCGGGCGUGGCGGUUUAAUGCGGGUACUAUUAAGGUUAGGGUUCUGCCUCCCAUCGAGACUAAGAACCUCACCCCCGCCGACGUGGAUCGUCUCACUACUUCAACCCGCGAGGACAUGCUCAAGAAUAUUCUUGAAUUCGCCAAGAGUUCCAAAGUUGAGUCUUCUCGUGCCAACGGCGUUGCCACUGCCAUUGAGAUUUGA